GGGUCCCCAAGGACUAUGGAAAUGUCACCUCCUCCUGGGUAUGCAUGUUGCACUACACCAAGUGACCUGGACAGAAAUAAUAUCACCAGGAUCACCAAGACAGACUUCGCUGGACUCAAGAACCUUCGAGUCUUGCAUCUGGAAGACAACCAGGUCAGCAUCAUCGAGAGAGGCGCCUUCCAGGAGCUGAAGCAGCUGGAGCGAUUGCGCCUGAACAAGAAUAAACUCCAGGUCCUCCCAGAGCUGCUUUUCCAGAGCACCCCGAAGCUCACCAGACUAGAUCUGAGCGAAAACCAGAUCCUGGGCAUCCCGAGGAAGGCGUUCCGCGGCAUCGCCGACGUGAAGAACCUGCAACUGGACAACAACCACAUCAGCUGCAUUGAAGAUGGAGCCUUCCGAGCGCUGCGCGACCUGGAGAUCCUCACCCUCAACAACAACAACAUCAGCCGCAUCCUGGUCACCAGCUUCAACCACAUGCCGAAGAUCCGAACUCUGCGCCUCCACUCCAACCAGCUGUACUGCGACUGCCACCUGGCCUGGCUCUCGGAUUGGCUGCGACAGAGGCGGACAGUUGGCCAGUUCACACUGUGCAUGGCGCCGGUGCACCUGAGGGGCUUCAACGUGGCAGAUGUGCAGAAGAAGGAAUACGUGUGCCCAGGCCCCCACUCGGAGCCUCCAACCUGCAAUGCCAACUCCAUCUCCUGCCCUUCGGCCUGCACUUGCAGCAAUAACAUCGUGGACUGUCGGGGGAAGGGCCUGACGGAGAUCCCCGCCAACUUGCCAGAGGGCAUCGUCGAAAUACGCCUGGAGCAGAACUCCAUCAAGUCCAUCCCGGCCGGAGCCUUCACCCCGUACAAGAAGCUGAAGCGAAUAGACAUCAGCAAGAACCAGAUAUCAGACAUCGCUCCAGAUGCCUUCCAGGGUCUGAAAUCGCUUACGUCACUGGUGCUCUAUGGGAACAAGAUCACCGAGAUUGCCAAGGGGCUGUUUGACGGGCUGGUGUCCCUACAGCUGCUCCUCCUCAAUGCCAACAAGAUCAACUGCCUGCGGGUGAACACAUUCCAGGACCUGCAGAACCUCAACCUGCUCUCCCUCUACGACAACAAGCUACAGACCAUCAGCAAGGGGCUCUUUGCCCCUCUGCAGGCCAUCCAGACUCUCCACUUAGCCCAAAACCCAUUUGUGUGCGACUGCCACUUGAAGUGGCUGGCCGACUACCUGCAGGACAACCCCAUCGAGACCAGCGGGGCCCGCUGCAGCAGCCCGCGGCGGCUGGCCAACAAGCGCAUCAGCCAGGUCAAGAGCAAGAAGUUCCGCUGCUCAGGCUCCGAGGAUUACCGCAGCAGGUUCAGCGGCGAGUGCUUCAUGGACCUCGUGUGCCCGGAGAAGUGUCGCUGCGAGGGCACCAUUGUGGACUGCUCCAACCAGAAGCUGGCCCGCAUCCCAAGCCACCUCCCUGAAUACGUCACCGACCUGCGACUGAAUGACAACGAGAUAUCUGUCCUCGAGGCCACCGGCAUCUUCAAAAAGUUGCCUAACCUGCGGAAAAUAAACCUGAGCAACAACAAGAUCAAGGAGGUGAGAGAGGGCGCCUUUGACGGAGCAGCGGGCGUGCAGGAGCUGAUGCUGACGGGGAACCAGCUGGAGACGGUGCACGGCCGCAUGUUCCGUGGCCUCAGUGGCCUCAAGACCUUGAUGCUGAGGAGUAACCUGGUCAGCUGUGUGAGCAAUGACACCUUCGCUGGUCUGAGCUCAGUGAGGCUGCUGUCCCUCUAUGACAAUCGCAUCACGACCAUCACCCCCGGAGCCUUCACCACUCUUGUCUCCCUGUCCACCAUAAACCUCCUGUCCAACCCCUUCAACUGCAACUGCCACCUGGCCUGGCUGGGCAAGUGGCUGAGGAAGAGGCGGGUCGUCAGCGGGAACCCCCGGUGCCAGAAGCCAUUCUUCCUCAAGGAGAUUCCCAUCCAGGACGUGGCCGUCCAGGACUUCACCUGCGAGGGCAACGAUGAGAGCAGCUGUCACCUGGGCCCACGCUGCCCCGAGCAGUGCACCUGCGUGGAUACGGUGGUGCGGUGCAGCAACAGGGGGCUCCGCGCCCUCCCCAAAGGCAUCCCCAAGGACGUGACAGAGCUGUACCUGGAAGGAAACCACUUAACAGCCGUGCCCAAGGAGCUGUCCGCCCUCCGACACCUGACUCUUAUCGACCUGAGCAACAACAGCAUUGGCGUGCUGACCAACUACACCUUCAGUAACAUGUCUCACCUCUCCACCCUGAUCCUGAGCUACAACCGGCUGCGCUGCAUCCCUGCCCACGCCUUCAACGGGCUGCGGUCCCUGCGAGUGCUAACCCUGCAUGGCAACGACAUCUCCAGCGUCCCCGAAGGCUCCUUCAAUGACCUGGCAUCCCUUUCCCAUCUGGCGCUGGGAACCAACCCGCUGCACUGCGACUGCAGCCUGCGUUGGCUGUCGGAGUGGGUGAAGGCGGGGUACAAGGAGCCUGGCAUCGCCCGCUGCAGCAGCCCCGAGCCCAUGGCCGACAGACUCCUGCUCACCACCCCCACCCACCGAUUCCAGUGCAAAGGGCCCGUGGACAUCAACAUUGUAGCCAAAUGCAACGCCUGCCUGUCCAACCCCUGCAAGAACAACGGGACGUGUAGCCAGGAUGCUGUGGAGCUCUACCGCUGCGCCUGCCCCUAUGGCUACAAGGGCAAAGACUGCACCACGCCCAUCAACACCUGCAUCCAGAACCCCUGUCAGCACGGCGGCACCUGCCACCUGAGCGAGAGCCACAAGGAUGGGUUCAGCUGCUCCUGCCCUCUGGGCUUUGAGGGGCAGCGGUGUGAGAUCAACCCAGAUGACUGUGAGGACAAUGACUGCGAGAACAACGCCACCUGUGUGGACGGGAUCAACAACUACGUGUGUGUCUGCCCACCUAACUACACAGGCGAGCUGUGCGACGAGGUGAUUGACCACUGCGUGCCCGGGCUGAACCUCUGUCAGCAUGAGGCCAAGUGCAUCUCGCUGGACAAAGGAUUCAGGUGCGAAUGUCUCCCUGGCUACAGUGGGAAGCUCUGUGAGGUAGACAACGAUGACUGUGUAGCCCACAGGUGCCGCCACGGGGCCCAAUGCGUGGACGCGGUCAAUGGCUACACGUGCACCUGCCCCCAGGGCUUCAGCGGGCUCCUCUGCGAGCACCCCCCACCCAUGGUCCUGCUGCAGACCAGCCCCUGCGACCAGUACGAGUGCCAGAACGGGGCCCAGUGCAUCGUGGUGCAGCAGGAGCCCACCUGCCGCUGCCCCCCGGGCUUCGCUGGCCCUCGCUGCGAGAAGCUCAUCACUGUCAACUUCGUGGGCAAGGACUCCUACGUGGAACUGGCCUCCGCCAAGGUCCGGCCCCAGGCCAACAUCUCCCUGCAGGUGGCCACGGACAAGGACAACGGCAUCCUUCUCUACAAGGGGGACAACGACCCCCUGGCGCUGGAGCUGUACCAGGGCCACGUGCGGCUUGUCUACGACAGCCUGAGCUCCCCGCCAACCACGGUGUACAGCGUGGAGACCGUGAAUGACGGGCAGUUUCACAGCGUGGAGCUGGUGAUGCUGAACCAGACCCUGAACCUGGUGGUGGACAAAGGAGCCCCCAAGAGCCUGGGAAAGCUCCAGAAGCAGCCAGCAGUGGGAAUCAACAGCCCCCUCUACCUUGGAGGCAUCCCCACCUCCACGGGCCUCUCGGCCCUGCGCCAGGGCACAGACCGGCCGCUGGGCGGCUUCCACGGCUGCAUCCACGAGGUGCGCAUCAACAACGAGCUGCAGGACUUCAAGGCCCUCCCGCCGCAGUCGCUGGGCGUCUCGCCCGGCUGCAAGUCCUGCACCGUGUGCAAGCACGGCCUGUGCCGCGCCGUGGAGAAGGACAGCGUGGUCUGCGAGUGCCACCCCGGCUGGGCCGGCCCGCUGUGCGACCAGGAGGCCCUGGACCCCUGCCUGGGACACAGCUGCAACCACGGGAAAUGCGUGACGACCGGGACCUCCUACGUGUGCAAGUGCGCGGAGGGCUACGGCGGGGCCUCGUGCGACCACAAAAAUGACUCCGCCGGCGCCUGCUCGGCCUUCAAAUGUCACCACGGGCAGUGCCACGUCUCAGACCGAGGGGAGCCCUACUGCCUGUGCCAGCCCGGCUUCGGAGGGGAGCACUGCGAACAAGAAAGCCCGUGCCUGGGGGAGGUCGUCCGAGAGGUGAUCCGCCGCCAGAAAGGCUACGCGUCGUGCGCCACGGCCGCCAGGGUGCCGGUGGUGCAGUGCCGCGGCGGCUGCGGGCCCCAGUGCUGCCAGCCCACGCGCAGCAAGCGGCGGAAACACGUCUUCCAGUGCGCGGACGGCUCGUCCUUCGUGGAGGAGGUGGAGAGGCACGUGGAGUGCGGCUGCCGGCCCUGCUCCUAAGGCCCUGGGGGCCCCCGGACCCGGAGUCGAGCCACGGAAGCUGGGGAGGAAAAGAAGAAGAGAAUAUUAAGUAUAUUGUAAAAUAAACAAAAAUAGAACUUAUUUUUAUUAUGGAAAGUGACUAUUUUCAUCUUGUAUUAUAUAAAUAUAUCACACCGUCUGAGUACAUGUACCAUAUAGUGAGUUAUCGUUACUGGGUCUUCUGUGUUGUGUUGUGUAUUUGUCGUGUUUUUAUAAACAGCUGUUAAAAAUUUUAAGAGUAAAGACUAAUAAAAAUGUUUUACAAUGAAAGGGUAAGAAUAAAGAAGUGAAAGCCUGUCUGAGGAAGAGGAGGGCGUGUUUAUGUUGAUGCAACAGGAUCGUGUCAGCAGCUCAGGAAGAAGGGGAAGUGAGAGGGAGAGAUGUUACUUUGUUUCUUCUCUAAAAGUGUUCAGUUCUGAUUGUUGACAUCCGAGAGGCCCAGUUCUUCCAGGAAAGGGCGCUGGCCUUCCCUGUGACCCCAAAACCCCAUGCUCCCCUCUGCCCCGCCCCACCCCUGAACCCACUGCAGACCCCACUGCUCCUGCCUGGCUGGCCCUGGGGUCCAGUGCAGACCUAUCUAAACUCUGAGCCUGUUCUGCCAAAAUUUAAAACAGCUACUCUUUCCCUGCCCCUCCAGGGAACUAAGCCCUCCAGGUGACAGGAGGGAGGACAGUCAUGCCGCCGUCCCUGGUCAUCCUGUCCCUGGCCACCAGUCCUUCCUCUGCGAGUUCCCAAUGGCCCUCCUCCCUCCAGAUUUCAGCUUGGACUGUGACCCUCGGAGGGCAGGAAGCCAGGGCCCGGAACCCAGCCUACCCACAGUCCUGGUAGGCGUCCGAUUCCAGAAAGUUCUUGGAGGCUCUUGCUAUGGGGCAGACAGGCUUUACCUGGAUCCUCCAGGCCACCAACCUAAUGACAAAGACCACUUGCUCCUCUGGACAUUCCCAGUGCACCUCAUUUUUCCCACGUGACUCCUGCGCCCCAGGAAGGGCAAAGCACAGAGCCCAUUUCCUAGAUGAGGUCGUGGGCCUCUCCCGCCUCUGGACUCGCCUUAAGCCACACACCCGCCCCGUGGGAGAGCCAGGCCCACAGCCAGGCCCAGAGCUCCGGUCCCUUCUCCAGAAAGGCACACACGUGGGAGAUGGAGGCAGCUUAAGCUCACUGGGGAAACCGACCAGAAAAGGAAAGAGGUUUUUCCUGCUAAUUUUCCUGCUCUGGUUCUGUCUUCUCCAUUCCUUGCUCUGCUCCCCUAGCAUCCAGAAAGAGUCUAGACAGAGGGUCUCACACAUCGGGGGGUGGGAGCCAAGGCAGCCCAUCCAGCCCUGCUCUCCUCCGCGCCCUUCAGGCCCAGCCCCUCUCACUGGCUGCCCGUCUCACACGUCAGGUUAUUACCGAUGUUGUUGCUUUAUUGAUAGGUCUCUGUAUAACCUGUUCAGUCUCAUAGGAAGGAACUCAAGUCUGACACCUCAGAGCGAGGACAGAGGGUGGGACAGGAGAGGGGCACGGGAAGGAAGAGGGGUCUCCCGGGGCCAGGGAGACGCGAGAAAAUCCCCCACGCGGCCAGGACUGGGAGUGAGCUAACCUCGCCCUUCACCAAGACGUGUCUAUCACCAGGGGAGCCCAAAGGCUGAGCAGUCACCACUGUCCUUCCUGGGAGCAGAAGUCCCUAGUGUCAGUGGGAUUGCCCCUCAAGAACCCACAGGGUCUCAGAAUCAGGAGGAGCCUGAGGGGGUCCCUGGUGGGUGGGAAAACUGAGAAUCAGGGAGACGGGGUGUCUAGACCGGAGACCAAGGUCAUCUAGCAAUUUAACGCCAGAGGCAAGAAUAGACCUGGUGUCUCCCCAGUGGGCAUCCAGGCAGAGUGAGGCCUGAGACAGACUUUCAACAUCUGCUGGGUGGCCAGGAAAGCACCCCUGCCUCACCCCCAGACGGCGCUGGUGGACGCAGACAGCCGGGGGGCUGGGGCACUGUCUGGCGGGGCGGACUUACCUAUAUUUUCUACUCUGGGGGGAGCUCCUGGGGAAAGCUGAUGAGAGGAGCCAGCCAGCCAGGACCAACAAACGCAGAAGUGGGCAUUCGGCAAAGCUUAUUUCUCUAACUCGACAAUAGGUUCUAAGAGGAAACAUAUUAAGAUGUUUUUUUAAAAACAAUGUUAUAGUGCCACUUCCCCAGUAUGGGAUAAAAAAUGUGCUUUUGUCCCCCGCAACAGACUGUCGUAUUCUGAUGUCAUUAAAAUAAAUGGGUGGUCACAGGCAAGCUCUCAGAUGCUCCUGUGAACACUAUAAGCUCA